GGAUUGUAUAAAUACGUCUGGCUCGCCGCGGUGGAGUGUAAAUAUCGGGCGUUUAGCAUCAACACCUUUGAGAUCGGUCUUUAAUAUCUUCAUAUUACUGUUAUUCAACUAACCGACAAAGCGACUAACGUGAAGAUAUCUUAACAUAUCCUCACCCCCGUCACACGCAAUACAAGUUCCCUUCUACUGCACUCAUGUCCAUUCUUAAGGGCUCCUCGAACCCGGAAGGGCCAAAGAAACAAUUCAGGUGGCGCGUUUCCACCUCCGAUGAUCCCCCAGAGAUCUACAACUUUACCUUGUAUUUAUCCGUCAUGAUUUUCGGUAUGCUUGGUGUCGCACGUGGUUACGAUGAGGGGUGCAUCGCCGGUACCGUUGUCCAGCACUCCUUCAUCCUGGAGUUUGGCCUUAAAAAUCCUGCCAAAAGCGCUUCCCAAUUAGCCAACUUGAAGUCUAACAUUACCUCCAUGGUCCAGUUGGGUUCCAUUGGCGGGGCUUUGGUCGCUAUGUACUUUGUUGAUCGUUUCGGGAGAAUUAGAACCUUGCAGGGUCUCUGUGCCUUCUGGAUCGUUGCUGCCAUUAUCCAAAUCACCAGUCACUCUGUUGGCCAGUUGUACGCCGGGAGAUUGCUUGAGGGCUUUGCCAUCGGCCAGACGGUGGUUUGUGGCCCAACCUACUUGUCGGAAGUGGCCCCAAAGAAUAUUCGUGGGUUGUGCAACUGUGUCUUUGCGGGUUCUGUCUACAUGGGGAUCAUGUUGGGGUACUUUGCCAACUAUGGUACCGCUUUACAUGUGUCCGACACUUCCAGACUCCAGUGGGUGGCUCCGAACUCGGUGAAGAUUAUUUUGGCGGGCUUGUUGCUUAUUGGCUCUCUCAUCUUCUGUAUCGAAAGUCCACGUUGGUUGAUCAAGAAAGGACACCACGAAAAAGGUGUGACGAACCUUUCCAAGAUUAGAAACUUGCCGGUCGACCACCCAUACAUUUUAAGUGAGGUUGCGGAUGUUAAUGAACAGAUCCAGCAGUUGGAACAAGCCUCCUCUUCGCACUCCGUCUGGCAAAUCAUGAAGGAGUUUGGCACUGUGAGCUCUCUUAGAUACAGACUUAUCUUGGGUUUGUCGGCUCAGGCCUUGGGUCAAUGGUCUGGCGCCAACGCGAUCACAAUUUACUCUCCGGAAUUCUUCGCGAUGGUGGGUAAGUCAACGGUUACCGAACAGUUAUUGAUGACGGGUGUUCUCGGGGUGGUCAAGUUCACGUCCGCUUACUUGUGUGCCUUCUUCUUUAUUGAUUUCUUGGGCAGAAGAAAGUCGUUGUACAUCGGUAUCACGACCCAAUUACUUGCAUCCCUCUACUUUGCAAUCUACUUGAGUAAAGUGCCAGAAGCUGCCAAUAAGAAUGCUGUGUUGAAUGCCUCCCAGAAGGCUGCCGGUAGAGGGGCAAUGGCGAUGAUUUACAUGAACGGUGUGGGUUGGACCAUGGGUUGGAAUUCGAUUCAGUACUUGAUCAACUCCGAAAUUUUCCCGUUGAGAUCUAGAAACGUUGCCACUUCCUUUAUCAUGGUGUUCCAUUUUGCCAACCAGUAUGCUAACUCUAAGGCGGUUCCGAGCAUGUUAUUGGGUAUGACUGCUGCCGGCUCCUUCUACUUCUUUUUCGCCGUCUUGGUUUUGGGUCUCUUAUGGUGUUGGUUCUUCUUACCUGAGGUUGCCGGUAGAAGUUUGGAGAGUAUGGAGGAGUUGUUCAACUUGCCUUGGUACUUGAUCGGCAGAAAGGGUGCUAAGUUGUGUCCAGAUCACUCUGAGAUCACGAGAGUUCACUAUCACGGUGAAAAGGAGGGUGCGGCCCGCAUUUCCAUCUCGGACAAGGGUGAAGCAACUCACUUUGAAGGUCUUGAUGCGGAAGACGAUUCGCUUCAAUCAAAGCAUUCGAAUGACAUCCGUGUUUGAUACACAGUGUCCCCCUUAUUUUUAUAGUCAACACAAAUGCUAGCGUUACAGGCAUCAAAUACAUUAUCGAACUUGCCAUAUAAAAGCUAGGUUAGGGUGCUUCCCAUAUGCCUUUUUCCUAAACUCCAGAAGCGCUGGCGUAAACGGGAACUAUAAUUUCCCAUAACUGGAUGAACCGGCGUUUAGAUUAGCCUAGGUUAGAACUAAGGAACUUUUUGGGGAGAUACCCAAAGUCAAAACGUGAUACUGAU